AUGGGCGUCAUUAUUCCUGAUCUCGCUCUGGAGAACCUCCAUAUGUACAAAUAUUCCGGGGUAGACAAUGGUUCCUUUGAGAUGUGUUAUUGCUGGUGCAGAUCCAUUCUGGGCAGAUUAUGUCUAAACAAGUUUUGGACGAAGAUUGCGAUGUUAUUCCCAAGAUUUAUUGCUCCGAACACUAUUACCCUUGCUGGACUGUUCCUUGUUGCGGUAAAUUUUGCAACCUUGAUACAUUAUGAUUACCAGUAUCUUGGUGAAACGGGGCGCGCACCCGGUCCACCUCAAUGGAUAUAUUUUACCUGGGCUGCAGGUCUUUUCAUAUAUCAAACCUUAGAUGCAUGUGAUGGGCAGGCUCGCAAAACUGGCAUGGCUGGGCCCCUCGGUGAACUGUUCGAUCAUGGGUGCGACGCACUAAACACUAUCCUGGAAGUUAUCAUGUGCUUAAGAGCACUGGACCUGACGCGGUCUUGGUGGACGGUUGCUUCGGUGACAGCGACGGUGGCGAAUUUCUACCUUACCACUUGGGAGGAAUUUCAUACCGGUUUGUUCGAUGACAUUACCAAAGGAAUUCUGCAUUUUAAUGGAGGUUGCCCCUUUGACAACUGGUUUGCAAGUGCGAUGGGCCUCUCUCCAUCGAUUCGACAAAUCCCAUUGAAGAUAGCUUUCAUGAUCUUCUCCGCCUUUGGUUUGGGGUUCAACAUUAUUAUCAGCUAUCGGAACGUGUAUAAAUCUUUAAAGCGGGGGAAUUCCGGUCUGAUGCCCAUCCUCCGUCUCCUGCCUUUUGCAUCAGUCCCGCUUGUGGGGAGUCCUGGGAAGUCAAUAGUACGUUCAGGCUACAUGAUGCCAUACCUUUGUGUAUGGGGUCUCGAAUUCGCACACCUAGUGAAUGGUCUGACAUUUGCUAUAGGUGGGAAAGUUAUCACGGCGCAUAUUACGAAGACAUCCUUCCCCUUUUGGAAUUGGGACUGGUUAUGGAUAGCCAUAAUCGCCACCGACGGGCACGCCCAGAAGCUUUUAGGGCGUUCCCCAAUUCUUGCAUCGAGUUCCAUCGGCCAGGCGGCUGUUGUCUUCUUUUCCUUGGGAAUCCUGCUGUUCUCCUAUGGGCGAUAUUGUACGUUGGUUAUUCAAGAUAUCACAAAUUAUUUAGGGAUUGCUUGUUUCACUGUCAGGAAAAAAAGUGCGCGUGGGGAAUGGAAGGCCAUCUGGGAGUUAGAGGCAGAAAAGUUCCAAUAA